AUGUCUGGAGAUAGUCGCAUCUCUAGCGGCGUCUGGACGAGUGGGAACGGGAUAGUCUAUGUUAUAGUCGUGCUAAGUGAAUCAGUGCCCACGCCAGCUAUUAAAUCAACGCGGGAGGGGUGGUUCGCGCUAAAAUGCUCUUUACGGGUGGGGUUUUGUUUGGCGAGGGCGGUUUCUGAACGAUUACUCGCAUACAGCCUGUACGAGCCGGGCUUCACUCCUCAGUCGCUGGCGAGCGGGCCGGGCGGCGGGCGCGGUUUGUUCUGCUAUCACUGCCCGCCGAGCCUGCCCCCGCACCAGCAUCGUCUUCCAACCCUGGAGUACCCAUUCACAGCAUCGCAUCCCUACACCAGUUAUUCCUACCACCCCGCCAUUCACGAUGAUACCUUCGUUAGAAGGAAGCAGAGACGGAACAGAACCACCUUUACAUUACAGCAGUUGGAAGAGCUGGAAACGGCGUUCGCACAGACACAUUACCCAGAUGUGUUCACGAGAGAGGAUCUAGCACUGAAGAUAAACCUCACGGAAGCUAGAGUACAGGUUUGGUUUCAAAACAGACGGGCUAAGUGGCGGAAAGCGGAAAGGCUAAAAGAGGAACAGCGCAAACGGGAGGGAGCUGAGGUUCUGGCAAAACGAGAUCCAGCGGAUGAUAAGGGUUCUUCGGAGUGUGGUAUGUCCCGAGGGUCUGGGGAUGCAUCUCCAAUGUCAACUGGCGUUUCCCCCCGCGCCUCUCCACCCGUAACUCCUGGCUCGCCUCGACGUUCCCCGCACCGCUCACCCAAUAGGUCACCAAGAUUGGAAAGAUCUGAGACCUGUGCAUCUCCCGCCCCUUCAGUCGGCAGCGCCGGUUCCCGCGAGCCAGAUCCUCGUCCGCCACACAACAUCUUCUCUCCUUUCGAUCAGUAA